CCAUGAGGAAGAAUAACCCUAAUUUUGUGUGUAAUUCCUUUAGUUUGUGUUUUAACAUUUUCUCCACCAUCAUCACCAACAAUAUUAUUCGUAGUUUUUCCAUUUGCUGUCCCUUCCUCAAUUUUUGAUAAAACUUUUUCUUGGUCCAUUUGACGUAAAAGUGUCGAAAAAUAAUGUCUUCCACCCCCAAUUGGAGGAGGAUUUAUUGUUGAAGAUGGAGGCCAUUAAACUUCCAGAAUCAUUUUCUUGGAAUGAUGGAGAUGUUUUUGGUUGUGGAGUAGUAUAUCCACCAACUAGAGUUAAUAAAUUACCUUAUGUUUUCUUUACUCAAAAUGGAAAACAAAUUGGUAAAGGAUUGUUAUUGAAAGGUAAAAAACAGGAUAAUUAUGAUCCAUCUGUUGUUUUGGAACGUUACCAUUUGGAAGCUAACUUUGGGAAUGACUUGAAGAAUAAACCGUUUAUUUAUGAUAUUUCAAAGCAUUCUGUUAUUGAUGAAUUUUAUGAUGACGAUUCUAACUCUGGGGAUGAUUCGGACUCGGAUGAUUCCGAUAGUGAUACCAUGCGGCAGAUGAUGCAAAUGAUGGUUGCGGGAGCUAUGGCUAAAAUGUUUCUUAGCUAA